AUGUGCAUUAAGCAUAGUCUUCUGUUCAGUCUCUGGGUUCAACAGUGUGAGCAUGCAGUUCCGAAACAUAUGGACUACUUCGUACAUUACGGUUUGGUUGUCACUAACCCAAGUCUCAUGGGUCUUUCCUUCCUCUAUCUAGCUCACAAAGUCCGACAAAGAUUCCAGAUCAAAGCAAUGAACGACUGCUGGUGA